AUGCCGCGUCCGACCGAACUUGACCACGUCGCACACCCACGGGAUGAACGCGAUCUCGAACAAAAUCCCUUCCCUUUCCUGGCUCUGCCGCCUGAGAUCAGACAAGCAGUAUACGAUUGCUGCCUCAUCGACAACUCCGACGACGAUCCACAACAGAUUCCGGCGUUCCACAAACGUGUUCGAUCGCUAAAGCCACUCCUCCUUACAUGCCAGAAAAUCAACAAGGAAUUGACUCCUUUGUUUUUCCGCACUGCUACCUUCAAAGUCGACAGUAAGAGAGAUGCUAAGAAUGUUGCUGGAUCGAACCGAAACCAUUCGGUCUACUUCGAGUACCUGUUCAUGAACACUCUACCUGGCUACAAGAUGCGAAACAUCCGGAAAUUGAGCUACAAUGCCACUGUCGAGACUCUGGUUGACGCACGCACUCCCCUGUCGAGUGGUGUAGACUUUGAUGGUCUCCAGUAUUUUUCUGGUGUCCUCUCCAGAUAUGGAGACGCCCUCGAAUGCUUACAGGAAGUUCAGUUGUAUGCCGACCUCAGAAAGGUCUACCGGCUGCGCCCUGGUUGGCAUACCGUGAUGGACGCUCUCACUGCCGAUUCCACCCAUGCCUUGUGGUCUAAGAAUGCCGCACUCUAUGCACCGGAGGUCAUGGAUCGGAGCAAGAAUUGGGAGUCCAUUGAGAACAAACUCUGUGGAGGAGCGCUGAAGGGGUGGAAUGUAUCACGGAUGGUGUAUCGCAUAACGGGGAAGGAACCACCACCAGCUACCUUUAUCACAGCCAUUGUUGUCACCUUCUACAAGCCGAGUGACCGAGUUACAACAACAACAAAAGCUGCUACGGACUGUUUCACUGUCGUCAGAGAACGUGCCGGCGGAGAUACUCGGAGAAGGAGGAGGAGAAGGAGAAGCAACGCAGUCGUGACUUGGGUUACAAAACGGUUCCGACCCAUAGACGGAGUGUGA